AUGUUGGUUAUCAGUUUCAAAGAGUUGCUUUGUUUAGUGAACUAUUAAAAGAAUAUCCUAGUUCACGUAAUGAAAUUAUUCAUCAUGCAAAAGUUGAUAUACCACCAUUUUUACGUGGAAAAGUUUGGGCUGCCAUUUUAGGAAUCCGUGGUGAUUAUCAGGCUUUAUAUGAUGCUUAUGAUAAAGAAACUGAAAGAGAUCAUCAAAUUGAUGUUGAUGUUCCAAGGUGUCAUCAAUAUCACCAACUAUUGUCAUCUCCUAUUGGACAUGAAAAACUUAGAAGACUCUUAAAAUGUUUUAUCACUGCUAAUAGUAAAUUAGUAUAUUGGCAAGGAAUGGAUUCACUCUGUGCACCAUUUUUGACUUUAAAUUUUAAUGAUGAGGCAUUGGCAUUCUGUUGUCUGAAUAGAUUUAUUCCUAAAUUUUUAAAAGAUUUUUUCUUAGUUGACAAUUCUCAUAUAAUAAAAGAAUAUUUGGCUGUUUUUGGUCAUCUUUUAUCAUUCCAUGACCCAGAAUUAUCUAGUCAUCUAAGAGAAACAGGUUAUAUUCCGGAUUUAUAUGCUAUUCCUUGGUUCUUAACUUUAUUUACACAUGUUUUACCAUUAGAAAAAACAUAUCAUCUUUGGGAUAAAUUACUUGUUGGGCCUCCUUCAUUAUCAUUGUUUGCUGGUAUCUCCAUAGUACGACAACUUCGAGAUGAUUUGCUUAAAUCUGAUUUUAAUGAAUGCCUACAAUUUGCUGAAACAUUUCCGGAUGUUGACAUAGAAAAAUGCAUUCAAUCAGCUCUUUCAAUGUGUAAAGUUACACCACCCUCUGUAAUCUAUCAAGAGGAUUACCCAACACAACGUUGGUGGGAACAACCUAUACCUGUUGAUGUGAAGAAAACUGAAUUGGCUCCUAGGAUAUCAUUAAAAGAUUUGGCUAAAUUAAAAAAUUAUGUUUUGGUCAUUGAUAUAAGAUCUGAACAAGACUUUGUAGGGGGUCACUUUCCAUUAUCAGUAAAUUUUAAUACAUCAUAUCUUGACCAAGUUACAGAUGCACUAUUUCAAGAGAAAAAGAAAUAUCAUGUAGUUUUGGCAAAUAGGGGCGAAUCUGGUCCUCGGUUUGCUGAUGAAUUAGUUCAUGCCAAAUUUCCAAGGGUUGCAGUAUUAACAGGUGGAAUUGAUGUGAUACGUGUAGUUACUGAAGAACAUGUUCCUGUGUGUUCUUGUAUGCCAUUAAAGAUUUUAGUAUCAUCUGGGCAAAAAGGUGUUGCAUAUUCUAAAUGUGAACAAAAUUUAAUGGAAAGUGAAAGCUAA